AUGUUACCAUAUGGCGUAGCAGCUGAUGCUGUUGAUGAUUAUGUGCGCAUAGGCGAGAGCACUACAAUUGAAUGCUUGGAAAAAUUUGUUAAAGGCGUCAUUUUGGUGUUUGAGGAUGAAUACUUGCGAAAACCAAAUCCAAAUAAAGUUCGACGCCUGCUACAAAUAGCGGAGGGUCGUGGCUUUCCUGGCAUGUUGGGUAGCAUUGACUGCAUACAUUGGCAAUGGAAAAAUUGUCCAAAGGCGAGGAAAGGUAUGUACAUGAGUGGUUAUCGUGGGGUUGCAACCAUAGUACUUGAGGUUGUAGCAUCUUCAAACCUUUGGAUAUGGCAUGCGUUCUUUGGAGUUUCUGGUUCAAAUAACGAUAUCAACGUGUUAGAUCGUUCUCCAAUGUUUGAUGAUAUUAUAAAUGACCAUGCUCUGGAGGUAAAUUAUACUAUUAAUGGUAAUAAUUAUACUAUGGGAUACUAUUUAGUAGACGGUAUUUAUCCUGAAUGGGCCAUAUUUGUCAAAUUAAUCUCAAAGCCACAAGGGGAGAAACGCAAGUUAUUUGCACAAUACCAAGAAAGGCAAAGAAAAGAUGUGGAGCGAGCAUUCGGAGUGUUGCAAGCAUGCUUUGCAAUUAUACGUGGUCCAGCUCGCUUUUUGGGAAAAGAAGAAGCUUGCCAACAUAAUGAGAGCUUGUAUUAUAUUGCAUAA